UCGGGCCAUGUGUGAGUGUGUUGCCGUACCUACCAAAGACUAGUUUGUACAGCUACAGUUUGAGCCUUAUUCAUACGUAUUUAUCUGUACAGAUACUAACAUUUGGCUUAGAAGGCUGACUUCACGUGUUUGGCAGAUUAUAUAUUUCGUACACGGAUUCCUUAAAGAUAGUUUUACCAAAAUAUCGUGUGCUGCUCUGCGUUAGCUUGGCUUCAGUUCAGCUGAUAUGACAGUUUGUAUCUUUUAGUACAAGGAUCUUCCGAUGAUGGCUUAACCCAACAUGAUAAAAUCCCCAUCACUGUUCAGUGCCUUAGUUAUCCGCACAUUGACGUUGAAGACAAUCGGUAUCCUUGAUCGGUUCUGUUGCACGAUGAGUGAAGGAUCUAAAGAUGAGCCCACAGCCAAGCUGAUGAAAAGAGCCAAUGAGGAAAAUGAAGACUCUGCUGAGAGGGUGCAGGCUGCAAAAAGAAUAAAAGCAGAGGGGGUACACGCUGAGGAUGAAAAGAAAUAUCCUAAAAAGAAAGUGGUCCUCCUCAUGGCAUACUCUGGAAAGGGAUACUAUGGCAUGCAGAGAAAUCCGGGAACCUCUCAGUUUAGGACCAUUGAAGAUGAUCUGGUCGCUGCACUUGUAAAAUCUGGUUGCAUUCCUGAAAACCAUGGUGAUGAAAUGAAGAAGAUGUCUUUCCAAAGAUGUGCCAGAACAGAUAAGGGUGUGUCUGCUGCUGGCCAAGUGGUGUCUCUAAAGGUGUGGCUGAUUGAAGACCUCAUUGAAAAAAUCAAUGAGCAUCUGCCACCACAGAUCAGAGUGCUCGGUCUUAAACGAGUGACCCAGGGUUUCAAUUCCAAAAACAACUGUGAUGCUCGCACAUACUCAUAUAUGCUUCCAACAGUGGCCUUUUCCCCGAAAGACUAUGACACAGGGAAUAUAGCAGCCUUUCGCUUGGAACCAGAGACACUACAGAGGGUCAACCGUCUGUUUGCUUUCUAUAAAGGCACCCAUAACUUCCAUAACUACACUUCCCAGAAGGCUGCAAAUGACCCUAGUGCCCGCCGCUACAUCACAGAGAUGUCCUGUGGAGAGCCUUUUAUCCGCAGCAAUUCUGAGUUUGCGGUGAUCACUGUGCGAGGUCAGAGCUUUAUGCUGCACCAAAUCCGCAAGAUGAUUGGCCUGGUGAUUGCGGUGAUAAAGGGCUACGCGAAAGAAGAAGUGAUGGAGCGGAGCUGGGGCCAGGAGAAGGUGGAUGUUCCCAAAGCUCCAGGGUUGGGGCUGAUCCUGGAAAGAGUUCAUUUUGACCGGUACAGCAAACGCUUUGGAGGGGAUGGGCUGCAUGAGCGCCUGGAAUGGGAGCGUGAGGAAGAGGCAAUCAAGGCCUUUAAGGAGGCUCACAUCUACCCCACCAUUGUUGAGACAGAGCGUCAGGAAGGCUCCAUGGUCAAUUGGAUGUCCACGCUUCCUAUCCAUGAUUUUGAAGCCACCGCUACUGAAACACAAGACAAUAAGGGCCACAAACAGGAUAAUGCAGAAGAAGGAAACGACUCAGAUUAGGUCACACUGCCUGCUGAAAGAAGAGACUCGCCAAAACAAUCUCUUUCUGUUGCUGGGAAUUAGCUUCCAAAUAAGGUCUAAAAGUAUAUCUUCCAAGAUUGACUUUUUUUAGUGGUUUUAAAUUCUGUUUCUCUUAUACAAAUGUUAUUAAACCCAAACAACA